UUACAGUACAGUACACAGGACACAAUUCAAAGUACAACUAUAACAUGUAGAAUAAAAGGCAUAAAACGGCAGCAGGUAAUACAUAGGAUAAAACACCAAUGAAAGACAGCUACUAACUCACCUCCUCCGACGACCCAAAGGCCUGUCGGAAGAGGUGGGUCUUUAACUGCCCCUUAAAAAUCUCUAUUGAGGCAGAGGUUUUUAUUAUCUGGGGGAGUUUGUUCCAAAGCCUUGGGGCCACCACCUCUAAGUAUAUGAUAUGUUGCAUUUCCUGUGAAGCAGCUUUAGUUGACUGCUGGUUUUAACUAGCAGUAAUACGACAUACUCAGUUUUUAAAAGCCCCCUGAUACAAAGUAAAAAAUGGUUGACUCCAAAUUACUGCUGAUUUUAAUUUCUGAUGUAAUGUUUAAUACAGCAGCUGCGAGGAUCAUCAAGCGAUGAAGACAGUGUUGAAAACUCUGGAGGAAUUAUCCCAGGACAUCGCUGUAAACCAAGAGGACGAGCUCGUACUCACACAGGUCCCUCACUCCAAAUGGGAGAAGGAAGACUCUGAGGAAUAUCAGCUAGGACAAGGAGCAAUUAAGGUUCAAAAUGAUGCUCCUGCAAUUUAUCUGCCUUCGCCCUCAGUGUCUGUCACAGCAGAGACAUCGGAGGAAAUUGAUAGAGGAACGGAGAAAGAUCAAACCCCCAUUUUGUGGAGUUCACAGAGAAGUGUGGCUCCCUCUAGUGGCAAAGACAGAACUGACAGAGACGAGGAGAAAAGAAUGGGGAGACGGAGGGACAGAGAGAGCGACAAAUCAAGGGAUAGGAAGAAAGAAAGAAAAAUAUCAAAAGAGAGGAGAAGGGAGGGGGAGAAAGAAAGAGACAGGGAGAGAGAGAGGAGUCAUAAGAGUAAUCCCCCUUCCUCCUCUUAUUCAACGUCACAUGACAUGGAGCGGAGAGACAAACUCAGCAAGAGAGCUCCUGAACUGCCUGAUCAAAAUGUCCACAAGACGUUUAUAGACACAUUACUGGACUCAUCAUUUAAAGAGCAUCCAGACUUCUACAACAAUCACCCAGAAAAGGGAGGAAGAGAGCUGGAGGAAAUGGAGAGGCCCAGCAGCAACAGCACCAGCUCAUCCGCAAGCCAGGAGAACGGCAGGGACGAUGCGAGGAGAGAGAAGAAGAAACAAAAGAAGCACAAAAAGGAGAAAAGAGAAGCCAACCUAGAGCUGUGUGAAGAAGAAGAGCUGAGGAAACAGAAGAAAAAGAGUUCAAAGCAAAGCAGAGAUGGAGAGGAAGAGGAGAUUAGCGGAGACGUGGACGAAACUAUGCUUAUGCUGUCUUUUCUGUCAUAAAAGAAAAAUAUAACUUACUUGAAUUAUGUUUUUCCUUUCUCUGUGCAAAAAGUGCCUCGUUUAGUUUUUUCAAAUAUUUUUUCCCAGGAUACAUUUAGUAGCGCCUUAAGAUAAUAUCAAACGUGCAGCAUCCAAAACAAAAGUGAACAAACUGUGAAGGAAAAGCACUUUACGAGAAAAAAUGUAUGUAAAUGAAAGCAAAUGUUUAACUUUUCAUUUAUUUAAAGGAAUUUGCACAUACGCUCAACUUGCUCAGGACUGCCACCAACAAUGGUUUAUUAACUAAACCUGCAAUGUUAAAGCUUUAUUUGAGGAAAUCUUACUUUUGGAAUACAGGCCAGUCAGUAAUAUGAUUUGCCUCAGGAGUGCAUGUGAAGGAUAU